AUCGGGUCCAGUUUUAUAGAGGAGCAGUAUUUUUGCUAACUCUUGUUAGUGAUUCGUAUUAGGAAGUGCAUUCUCAUACACACUCGGUCAAAACGAUGGCCCAGUACGAAGAAGUGGCUGUGCACGGAUAUGACGAUUUUUGUCAGGCUGUAUCCGAGAGAAAGGGAAAGGAUAUUUUUGUGUAUUUCUCAGGUAAUAAAGACGCCCAAGGAAAGAGCUGGUGCCCGGAUUGUGUGAAAGCGGAGCCAGUAGUAAGAGGGCAGAUGACUCAUCUUCCGGAGGGCUCUGUCUUCAUCUACUGUCAAGUGGGAGAAAGGGCCUAUUGGAAGGAUUCAACAAAUGACUUCAAGAAGACACUAAAGUUGAGUGGAGUUCCAACUCUGCUGCGAUAUGGGACACCUCAGAAGUUGGUGGAGGAAGAAUGCCUCAAAUCCGAGCUGGUGAUGAUGAUGUUCACCGAGGACUGAGGGACCCUACGCUGUUCACAUCUGUCAUUUCAUAAUGUCCUUAAUGUUAAAAAGUUAAAUUCUCCACCAUCAAUUCCAGCAUUAUUGACAACCAUUCUGAUGAUACAUCUCCUUUUGCAAAGCAGCAACUUUUUUAAUUUACAAACAAAAUGAUGAGCAUCCAGCAUAAGACACAGCUAUUCCAUUAAUUCAGUACUUUAACGUCUGCAAAGAGAAACAUGAAGAAUGGAUGGAACUCUAAUAGUAAUUCUUCGUUGGCUGCUUUUAUGUGCAAUCACUCAAUUCAUUUUUGUAAUUUGAGUUUGAUAUGUUUCUUCAAAGGUAACGUCAAUCUUAAACACAAGUUAAUUAAAUCUUUUUGUUAUUCUUCGGAUUUUCUUCAUUAUCACCAUUUUUAUGUUAUUGUAUGUGUGUUGCCUUGAUGUAAGAUUACAAUAAAGUAACACUUGAUGUUGA